AUGAUAGGACUUCCUCAUCGCUUCAUCCGCGUAUUGCAGCUCUCAUUCACCGCAUAUCUCUGCGUCGCGGUCGUUUACGCGACGUACCAUUUCGCAAAGCUGCCCUGGAACGAUGGCAUUCGCUCGUUCCCAUCGACGCUCAGGGACUCUCGCUGGUCUUCUCUCAAAUUGCCCCAAUCUCUGGACUUCAUGGCAUCCUACAAGUCUUCUUCCACCGUCGGCGAACUCCCUACAGACUCGAAUAUCAAUGCUGGGUUACUGGACGAUAAAUUCUACUGGGAUACUUCCAAGGUCGCACUGGAUCUCGGGAUGGGGCAUCAAGGUCGUGUAUCAAUGGACGAGCAGCUCUUCCUCUCCAAGGCGUUUGGCGUAGCAAUGGGCCCGAGCAGGAUCAUACCGUUUUAUUACAAGGCUACUUCGGAGGUCGAUCAAGAAGAUAUCACAAUAACCACUUUAAUUACAAGCAACCGCUUCUCUGUAUUCGCUCGCCUUGUAGAGCAUUAUCAAGGGCCUGUAUCAGUAACGAUCCACAUCAAGAACGAGACCGAGCACAUUCGCGAGCUACUGGAUUCUCUCCAUGGUCUAUACACCUCAAGCCCCAGCAUGAGCGCGCACGUCGACGUCCAUCUCGUCAUCGAUAACUUCGAACGGCAAUUCAACAUGUGGCGCAACGUUGCUAGGCUCUUCGCGCGGACGGACUAUAUCAUGAUGCUGGACGUGGACUUUGCGCUGUGCACUGACUUUAGACGGGCUAUCAGGAGCAGCGAGCAAGUCGUCGGUAAACUCAAGGAGGGGAACGCUGCUUUUGUGAUUCCGGCAUUCGAAUACACUAACGCAUCCGACGGUACUGAUUCAUCUACAUUUCCCCGAGAUAAAGAUUCUCUCCUCCCGCUGGUGGACAGCAAACGCAUUGGGAUGUUUCAUGCUUCGUGGGGACCGGGACACAACAGCACCGACUAUCCCAAGUACUACACCUCGAAACCCGGGGAAGUGUACAAAGUCACCCAAUAUCAGUCCGCCUACGAGCCGUACGUCGUCUUCAAGAAAGAGGGCCCGCCAUGGUGUGACGAGCGGUUCAUAGGAUAUGGCGCGAACAAGGCUUCGUGCCUCUUCGAGAUGUACAUUUCCGGCGUCUCGUUCUAUGUCCUGUCCGAUCACUUCAUUAUCCACCAAAACCACGACUACGAGGAGACAGCACGGAAGAACGAGCGUCGGUACAAUCGCAAGAUAUAUGCUGACUUCAAAGAGGAAGCUUGCUUGAGGUAUAUUCGGAUGUACCGCUCUCAAGGUCUCUUAAACACAACGUUAGCCUACAACGUGCAAACGGAAUGCCCCAAAAUCAAGAACGUCGCCCGGCUUUUCGGCCAGCUUGGCGAGACAUGA